GAGCUCGCCGAGUGAGAGGACAACUUGGAAACUUCGCCCGCAUUUUGCCAGCACGUUUUAGUUCGAGCGGAGGCGACAUCGAGGCGGACAGUCCAGCCGGGCUCGACGGAGCGGGCAAACAUCGCGGUUCUCACGGCCAACAUGGACGAUUUAGAUGCUUUGUUGGCGGACCUGGAGUCCUCGACGUCCCACAUUUCAAAGCGUCCACUCUUCCUGUCCGAGGAGCCGGGCUACUCGCUCCCUGUUGGCAGUCAGACCCAGCAAGACAUCUGCUUCUCACCACAAGGCCCACCCAUUCCCUCUGAGAAAACCCUCAACGGCGCACAGGAAACCGAAAUGUUCAGCUCAGAAAAGACAAUUAUUCAGUCAAGAGAAACCAGCAACACAGGUCAACCCCCUGGAGAAGAAGACCACGUUUACAGUUUCCCCAAUAAGCAGAAGAGCAGUGAGACUUCACCUGCCAUCAACAUGUCCCUGGGCAGCAAUCUGUCAGAACUGGACCGCCUCCUGUUGGAACUCAACGCCGUUCAGCAAAGCACGCCUUCCUUCCCCACAGAAGAGGAGGCGGCUCCGCCUCUCCCCGCCAGCACCGUGGUCCGCAGUUUUCAGGAGAACGGCGUGUCUGUGGCAUCGAAGCCCUCGCCGCCUGACUUGGAGAAGCCCAAACGUAGUGCGGCAGCUCAAGGACCGGAGGACGUGCGACCAAGUGUGGAGAGCCUUCUGGAUGAGCUGGAGAGCUCGGUGCCCUCACCCAUUCCCACUCCCUUGGUGGUCUCAGAAGGACAAGAGGAAAUGCCCGCACAGCAACAAGCAAGAAUGUCCGCUUCUUCUGCUACUCGAGAGCUGGAUGAGCUAAUGGCCUCCUUGUCCGACUUUAAUAUCAAGUCCCAGGGAAAGACGUCCCCCACCGGACCACUGAAACCAGCCAACAAGCUGGACAACAUGCUGGGCAGCCUGCAAUCGGACCUGAACAGACUGGGAGUCCAGACCGUGGCUAAAGGCGUGUGUGGUGCAUGCAAUAAGCCCAUAGUUGGACAGGUGGUGACGGCCAUGGGGAGAACGUGGCACCCGGAGCACUUUGUGUGCACUCACUGCCAGGACGAGAUCGGCUCCAGCAACUUCUUUGAGCGCGAGGGACAGCCCUUCUGUGAGAAGGACUACCACAUGCUCUUCUCGCCGCGAUGCCACUACUGCAACGGACCCAUACUGGAUAAAGUGGUGACUGCGUUGGACAAGACUUGGCAUCCAGAGCACUUCUUCUGUGCCCAGUGUGGCUCCUUCUUUGGACCCGAAGGGUUCCAUGAGAAGGACGGCAAGGCCUACUGCAGGAAGGACUACUUUGACAUGUUCGCUCCCAAGUGCGGCGGCUGCUCCCGCGCCAUUUUGGAGAACUACAUCUCCGCCCUCAACUCCCUCUGGCACCCCGAGUGCUUCGUCUGCAGGGAGUGCUUCACGCCAUUCAUCAACGGCAGCUUCUUCGACCACGAGGGCCAGCCCUACUGCGAGGCGCACUACCACGAGCGGCGGGGCUCGCUGUGCUCGGGCUGCCAGAAGGCCAUCACGGGCCGCUGCAUCACCGCCAUGGGCAAGAAGUUUCACCCGGAACACUUUGUGUGCGCUUUCUGUCUCAAGCAGCUCAACAAGGGAACCUUCAAGGAGCAGAACGACAAGCCCUACUGCCACGGCUGCUUCAUCAAACUCUUCAGUUAGUGUACACGCCUCAGACUAGUCACAAGUGCUCGUGUUCGACCGCUCACAAGUUAGCGUACGCACGUUCGACUAGUCACACUUGCCUGUACAACCUCUCAGGCUUUUUUGCUACGUCGGCUUGUUUUUAACGGAGAUUUUAUGCGGCGUGUUCAAAUCUGUGUUGACUUAAAGGGGAACUGCACUAUUUUGGCGGGGGAUUUUUAAAUGCCUAUCGUUCACAAUCAUUAUGAGAGACAUGCGUGUUCCUACUUCCGGAAACAAACGCCAGUGUGUUUUAAUCAUGGCGAACGAAGGCAGCUAUUUUUUAGGUUCAAACACUGAUGACAUUUAUUAAACAAGACAAGAAGCAAGGAAUUAAACAGAGACAGAAUUAAAUUUAGCUCAAUGAGGAGAAACGCGUAGACCUGUACACUUUGUACAGUCUCCCACCACGCUCUGAUGAAAGAUUGUACACCUCCUCUUUUAUUUGGACUUUCCCUGAUUACAUGGUGUCAGGUUCAACCACUGAUGACAUCUAUUAAACAAGACAAGAGGCAAAGAAUUAAACAGAGACAGAAUUCAAUUUGGACUCAAUUGAGGAGAAACGCCUGGACACACUGUACUCUUAUACAGUCUCCAGCACGCUCUCCCAAAAGAUUGCACUCCUUCUUUAUAUGACUUCCUUCGACCACCGCUUCCACUUCCAGAGGGAAGUGGGUCGUAAACAGCGUUGCCUUUGGUUACAGAAUAGUUCAAAAGAAGAGGUCGUAAAA